AUGCCUAAACGUGAGUUCUGGAGAGGUCUUUUCUGGCAGGAGGGCGGAUUAUCUCAGCAGAGAGUGCCAUCGUGCACUAACGAAUCCAUGCCGCUUGACCGCUCCCGUGGUCGACUGAUUCACGAGUCUGGUGUGGAUUACUAUUCGCCAAAUUGCUCACGGACGAUUCAAGUUCCAAAAGUUACAGACCCCAAUAAGCAGCAGUUUCCUAUGAAUUCGGGAUGGAAAGAUUUUACAGAGCCAAGAUGGUGGACAGACACUCAUGGCUGGCUUGCCUUUGUUCCUCGCGAACCAAUGCUAGUUGGUUUUCCUUUUGAUCGCCUAGCUCGCCUGCCACAAACUUUUACCUUAACAUCAGAAGGAAAAUAUUCACUGCCCCAAGACAUUGUUGAUUCUUGGACAAGGCUGGACGUCGAUUUGCUCCAUGUCACCCGAAGACUCCUUGGAGCUUACCAAAUUGCAGCAAUCGCUCCAUAUUCUCCUCGGGCCAAGGGUUAUCGGGGGUCUUUCAAACAACCCCAUUCUAUCAAAAAAGCUGCAAUGCUUUCCCGAGAUUGGUAUUUUGUUUGGAUGGGUUUACUAUCCUAUGGGGUGGCUCGAGCAGAGUUCUCGCUAGAGGCACAGAAAGAUUAUCGACAGCGGUGCGAAGACCAAGGAAAAGAUGCCAUUCUUGGAGUACCUGACUGGCGAUCAUUUUUGAAAGAGCGAAGCCUUGAUUACCCGAAUGAAAUUUGCUUUGAUUCUACCUGGGUGGAUGCCAUCUCCGCUUCCACUGUUUGCGACUUCUCAAUCAGUAAUCCUCGGGCAGGGAUUUUCCUUAAGCUACCCAAUCAGGGACCUUCUGACUAUCAGCCUUCGAUUCGGUGGUUCUGUCAGAGAGGUAUACCUGUCUGGUAUAGAUGGGGUCCUGAAGAACAUGAAUUAGCCAAGCAAAAUGAUUUCUAUCGAGGUCUGGCACCGUUAACAGACAAUCCGGGUGUCCCAUCCUUGUUCACCGAUUCGCAACAUGCCAUUACGCUCGUUCCUGGGACCGCUUCACCUGUGAGAUCGUCUGGUUCAAAGUCAUGGCAGCAGUAUUUUGCAGACCUCGAAAAGGAAAAUCUUGAACGAGCAAAGGUGGAGUCUGCUAGAGAUCGUGAGAGACGACUGAACCGCGAGCGCCAACCACCAACCCGGAGUGCCAGGGUGAUUGAGUGGGUUGAGCCUAUAAAUGGCGGAAACCAACUCAUUCCAGAGGAAAAAACAGUGGCAGAGCGCGUCGACAUUCUGGAGAUGUACGAAGACAAGUACAAACGCUAUGAUUCAUUCAAUAAUACAUGGCAUAUCUGUGAAGAGUUUGGAGCCGGCCAAUCAGAAACGUGGCAGGAGUCGGAGGACUAUCGAAUGUUCCUUGGGGACUACACCAAUGAGGAGAGAGAGGAAAUCGAACACAUGGGGUUAGGCGAUGAACCCCCUCCCAUUUUGAAUACCCUUCGUGCCCCCACGCCACCCACAAAUCCUGAACCAUAUGUUGCGACAGAUUUUCCUUCUGACCAUUUUCAAGCCGUCAACAACCUGCGUCAGACAUCUCUGCUGGAGCUGUUGCAAAUUGGCGUCUGCGAGACAUUGCAUGAGCACUAUGGAUUGAUUCCUCCAGUCCCAAUUCCACAAUCGCAUCCUGAAUUCUCUGAGAAGGAUGGACAACGCUUUGGCCGCUGGCUUGGUUUGGACACCGAUGACAAGCCAGAAUUGCGCCGAAAAUUUGAGGCGUCUGAUAUAGCUCGGCUGUCUUUGCAGUUUGUUAAACUAUUGAUAGCUGGCAAACAUCCGUCGAGUGAUUACUGGGAUCUUUCGCCAAGUAACCGCGAGUCAUUGGUGUUUUCCAAACGACUGAAGUCGGUGUCAUUAUCCUUUUUUGAAAAGAUUCAAGCCAACUACCGUUGGAUCUUUGUUUUUGACUUCAAGAGUGAGGCGACCGUGCCUUGGAAGCUCGCGGUGACUACUGCUGCCGACGUACUUCUGGUCUGUAGACUUGAUCCACGUUACAGGGAGGCUGAUAUUGCCCGUUUUUUGAUCGAGCGUGGGGUACCUUUCCGUACCCUGGUGUGGAAAAGUAUGAUGCCUAAGCCCCCCCCAAGUAUGCCCGUCAUCUAUCAGCUCCCUUCUCGCGGCCCCAAUUAUGUUUUCAGUAAGCACGACUUUGAUAGCUACAUUCACCUCCGAGAAAUUCUGGUCCGUCAACCACGCAUCCGUGCAGCUCUGCUUCGAGGGGGGAUGCCAUGGCGGUUAGUCAUCAGCUUUAUGCAUCCUGACAAGGUAUUGGGUGGUCCCGUGGGUGGUGGUCCCAUGCGAGAAGUUCAUCACCCUUCUGGUGAGAUGCUUGUUGACGAUGACCUCACAGAUUUGGAACUGGAUUUGUUGUGCGGGACAUACAUUUGUGACACAGGGGAAGGUCCCGUCAUAGCAUACAAAUCUUGGUUCCCACCAGCUUUUUUGUUUGAAAAGAAAGACUGCGCGGAGAACUAUGGCCGGUGGACUGAUUAUCGGGAAGCCAGAUAUAGGCGUCGUUUGUUGGAUAUUGAGCAACAUGGGGCUCAACCAGAGCCUGUGUCAAGAUGGCGGGACCAGUUAAGAGGUUUAAAAGAGACGCGCUUGCUCAAUCAAAACAUGGAGAAGCUGGCGCUCAAGUUCUUGAACGAACACCGUCCUGACAUGGCACACCUCACUUGCGAAUGGAUUUCAAAAGAGAGAUGA